CGUUUGCAAGAGUCAGGUUAUAUUUCGGACGGACUUUGUUCCAAGUGCGGCCAACCUGAUUCGAUUUUCCACCGUCAGUGGCCACGUGAUGACCCAGAGGUUGCAACGGCCCGCAGCGAAGCCGUUGAGUCUCAUCUGAUCGAGGCUGCCCGUAACUGCCAGCCCUCAGAGCGAUUGUUUUGGUCUCGAUUGAUAAUGGCCCAGCCCGAUGAUGACUCCUUCCCCCCUCGGCGGCGACGGACCCCCUCCUCCAGGAUGCAAGUGGGCAGCCGUUGUCUCUUGAAGAGUUUGUAGAACGGAGUGAGAGCUGCGACUUAGUGGUCGACGGCUCGGCCACCCAGUGCCCAAUUCUAGAGCUCAACCGCGCUGCCUUCGCGGGCGUUUAUUUGGAACCUGGGGACGUUUACCAGGUUCGGACCCGCUUCAUGGCCACCGUGUGGCCAGCGUUGCAUCAAACGCUCCAGGCGGCCGAAAAUUUGGGCCUGGCUACUGCUUGUGCGUUUAGCUCGGGCAUGGGCUCCCCUUUCAGUGAUUGCAAAGGGGCCGUGCGUUUGCAGAAUCUCUCGGACGAGGCGCAGCUGUGCCCGCGGGAAAUGUUUGCAGGUUUCCGCCGUGCUGCGCAGCAAUCUCUUGGAUUUGAUGCCCUGGGGGAGGCGCAGCAUGCGCCCGCCCAUCGGUCGGAUGCUAUCAUACAGGCCCUCCCUCCAGACCAGAAGCGAAUAGCUUUAGCCAGCCAGGACGCUGACCGCCUGGCUAAGUACGCCCUUUCGCUUCAUCCUCAGCUUGCCCCUGCUGAUCUGGAGAUACUGGAUAGGCAGGUGCAGGCCCUUCGAGCGAGUGCGCUGAUGUUCGGGAAGGUGCUCUCUCUUUUUCCUAAGCUGCACUUUGAGAGACCCCCGGGAGAGAAGAGGUUGCCUAGAGUUCCUCCCCCGCCCGAUUGGCAUGAUUGGGACGAGCUCAGUGGGAUCUCAUUCGAGGGCGAGUCCCGCCCGAUGAAUGGUUGUGCUGGUUUGUCCACGGCCCUGAGGCGCCUCCAGGGUGCUGAGACCGAGCGGCAACAUAAGUUGGGUUUUGCCAUCCUGCACAAGACCCAAAGACCGCUGUUUUUCUGUUUUGCCUGCGGAGCGUACACCAGCAGGCGAUGCCACUUGCUAGGUCAGACCUGUUGCAAGAAUUUGAGCACUGCGGGAGAACAGGUGCUCACACGUGUUCAGGCUGGCCUCCACCCUCACUACAGAAAGAAUCCUGAGGGUGAUGACUCGCUGGCGCCUGCUAGAGCGCCGUCGAAGUCGGUGCUUCUUGCCCCAUCCAGGCCCUCUUGGUGCUGGGUCGUCUCGUUUGGUCGAUUCUGACCGUUUGCGAGCGCUGGCAGCCCGAAUUCAGGCCAAGGAGGAGGCAUCCAGGCGAUAGCUGCUGCCUUUGAAGCUGACGUUCUGCCGCAAGGUCGUCCCGUCCUCCUCCAGCCACAAUCUGGUCAAAAGCUGUCCCUGGACCUCUCCCAUGCCCCACCC